CUACAUCCUGUGUUUUCAGGCUUCAGUUCGCUAGCAGAUGCUAUUUUAAACUACACUUCCGUCGUGAGCAGUGGAUUAACAAGUACAUCUUAGAAAAGACGUAAGUCAAUAAUAAGAGAGUUGUCUUUCGGCGGCCAUUUCAAUGAAGGAAUUUGAUAAACAUGACUGAUACAAAAAGCCGUUCGUUGUUGCUACACUGCUAAACAGCUAGCUAAGUGUGGUGCUACCAACAGUUGUGUAGGAUUAUUAACGUUAACUGGAUGUGAAGAUUCUCAGUCAGAAUAAAGACGAGGCAGUUGUCGGAACAGGUCGUCUUUGUCACUGGGAUGCAGCUGGGAUGGACGUUUGGACGCCAUUUCUAAUGUCGACUCUGCUGCAUUGUCUGGGAUGGAUCACAACCCAGAGACUCUGAAAGACCCUGCUGCAGAGUCUGGUCCGACAGCAGACUGUGACAAUUUUGAGUCAUUCCGCACAGAAAAGGAGCAGAGGAAAUGCAGUUCCUGCUUGGUGACAGAGGAUGUGUCCACUGAUGGUUCCUGGUCACAGAGGUCCAUCUCCCGUUCCUUGCAGCGAGCUGAGACUUUACUCAGAAGCACCUUAAAUCCCAGUCUGAAGUGGUUGUUCCAUGACCGCAGUCAAGAUGAAGAAGAGGAAGAGGGACAUUUUGUCGUCGCUCAUAACCUGGUGUCCCGGUCCUCUGCACGUCUCCUACAUCUCCAACAAGCUCUUCUGACUGUUGCACGCCAGUGGCAGCUGGUUGGUGGGGCACAGGUGCAAUCAGCCCAGGUGUGUGUUCGAGGCCUCACAGCAGAAGGCAGUGUUCUCCUCCUACCGUCCUCCCCCUUUGUACAGGGGAACUACAGAGCUCUGUGGAGGCUCCUUGAGCAGCGAUCCCUGCUGCUCUUCAUACACGAGUACACCAGGAGGGCUCGUCUAACAGCAGUAUACGUAUCCAGAGUGAGCCACCUGCUGGAGGAUUAUUUGAAGAAACCACACCAGACCCUGUCCACCUGGUCUUCUUUCAGGCUUGGUCUUUGCUCUCUGAGCCAGGAGCUCCGGGUCCAUCUCAACCACUGGUCUUGUCUGUUCUCCAAAGUCCAGUCUGACCACUAUUUGAGACCUGCUCUGGUCCAGCAGACAGGGAUGCUGGUGGAAAUGAAACAUAAUCUGGAUUUACUUGGUCUGCAGGCACUGGUUUUGAUGGAGCAUUAUGUGUAUGUCAUUCUAUCUGCUGUAGCCCAGACUGAAUUAGACUCUGUACCAAGAGAAGUCCUGGAGGAUAUUUUAGCAGGUGCAGAGCUGUAUAACCAGGCAGUGUGGGAGAGAGCACAGCACAGCACCACCCAGCUAAGGACUGCAGUGUUGCAACAGGCACAUUAUUCUACACUGGAUUCUGGUCUUCCAAACAGCAAAAGGCAUCACCCUGCUGCCUUCUCAGUCAAAGAGCUGAUGAUGAUUUUAGCAGCUCAUCAUGCAGAGACAGCAGCCAAGCAGCUGAACAGCUGGGCUUCUGACCAGAGCUGUCACAUUUGUCAAGACCACACAAACUACAAGGCCUACACAUGUUCUGAUAGCUGUGGGACCUCUGCACUGAGAUCUGAGUGGACCUGGCAACAACUGCAGCAUGCUUACCUUAUCUCCUCUCCUCUGUUUUCUACGAAUAAUCACCCCCCGUUGCAGCCAUCACCUUGUCAAAACUGCCAUAAAACUCCUCCUGUUUACAUCCCUGAUCCUCAUCCGGACAGCACAAUCUUGGAAAUCCACCAUCCUGUAUUAGCCAAGCAACAUAGAACAGAGGGCUCAAAUACAGACCAAACGAGCCAGUGCCAAACAUACAUAUCCCAGACUGGAAUAGCCAAGACCAGUGUAGAAGCAUUAGUCUCAGUACAACCAAAUGUAAAAAGACAGAACCGUUUAGAAGACUGUAAACCCCUGCAGACCACUUCACCCCCUUCAUCCACCUUCCACCAUCUCUCAGCCCUGCCUCUGUCAAGGGUUUAUCAACAGGAUCAUUCCUCGGCAGAGCUACUUUUUCAGCUGCUGGUUUCCUCCACUGACCUGCUUGCUCCACUGGCAUCACAUACACCUACACCAACUGAGCACCUGCCCCCAAAUACAAAAACUAAUGUGCUAUUACCAAGUGUAAAGACUGACCCAAUGACUUUAACUGCUCCAAGCAUAAAUACAGCUGAUUCAGUGGUAUUGAAUAGACUUAGUACAGAACUGAACAAGAACCAACCUAUGGACGGAACUCAGCAGGAAUGGGCUGAACUAGAAAUAAUAACCAGGCCAGAAGCCACUGUCAGCUCAGGUUUUCAGAGCGAUGAAGUCCCAGAGAAAGAGGGGACUGUGGCAGCAGAAGGGACGACAGUAGAACCAGACCGUCUUCGUUGGCCUCACUCUGUACAGUGGCUGGACCUCGGUCAGUCGCUGGUGUUUGAUGAUCUGUUUGGACAGUACCGCAACCUGCUGUGGACUCUUUGCAGCAAAGCCCUGGGACUGCAGCUGCAUGUGCCACAAGCAGGAAACACUACAGGAAGCAUCAACCUCCAAGACAUUCACAGGAGGUUCCAAAUCCUACACAGGAUGAGUCAAGCGUCAAAGAUGGAUCUGCUUCCAAAGGAGUGGAGAACCAUGCUGGAGGACUUCAGUCUGUAUCUUUUAGCCAUUACAGCACAUGCUCAGUGGGACUAUGUGCUUUGCAGAAGUUUAGGUACAGCUCUGAAAGAUAAGUGUCUAAGAGACGUAGAUCAAGGCAGCAAAUCUGUAAUGCCGUCAUCUGAGCAAAAUGGAGGUGUGAUGAUGUCAGUGACCAUGGAGCACUUCCUGCUGCUGUCCCCUCCUCUCCUGUCAUCUAUGCACUGCCAUCACUCAAAGAGUGGGGCCUCAGGUUCUUGUAGUGUCUUCCCAUCCAGACUCACUCUUCAGAGACAGACUGUUAGCUUGGCAUUAACCACAGUACAACUGUCUACAGUCUGGGUCAUGUCCAAGGCUUACCAGUUCCUCUCCUCAUGGAGCCUCAACAAGUUCCUGCUUAUUACACAGGGAGACAUCAAAUGUGUACUUUCUUUGUCUCUGCAGGUGCUGAGAGAGUCAUUACAGAUGAUGGUGCAUCAAACUAAAUCUCUGAUGAUGAAUUCAUACAGUGACCAUCAUUCCACUCUUCAUAACCACAACCAGCUUCUGCUGAGGCAGCAACUGGAAGCACUUGACAAGGCUGUAUCUGAGCUGCAGACCUUCUCUUCUCUGAUGCUGCAGACCUUCUCCAGUGACUGCAAGAGGAUGUCAGGGGAGAUCUUUGAACAGACCAUGCCUUCUGCUGUACACUGGAGACCCAGCCUCAGGACAGGUAUUUCCAGCUCUCCCAGUGAGUAUGCAUCUCUGGCAGCUCAGACUGUGAUUGGUCAGGUUUUAGAGGGUGUGGCACCAUUGUCUGAUGAGGCCCGUGUCCAAGCACUGAGCAUAACAAUGACAGCUUUCAUGGAGGCAUGGAUGGAACACAUCCUGAAACAGAAGAUCAAAUUCAGUGUGCAGGGAGCUCUCCAGCUGAAGCAGGACUUUGAUUCUAUCAGAGAACUGAUCCAGUCAGACAAAUACAGCCUGUCAGCUGAACUCCAACAUGGACUGCUCAGCCUCCGGGUUUUUCAGCAGGUGGACUCAGCAGUGGUGUGUCUGCUCCAGCAGCCGCAAGCCAAAACAUACCUACAGUCCAGAGCCUGGGAGCCUUUCACACGCUGCUGUCCGGCCAACAUUAGCAGAGAUAGCAUUGAUGCGGUGGUGGGGAGCAGUAUAACCAACAUGAGGUCUAUGGAGGGUGAGGAGCUGACUCAGGCUGAUCCCUCAGUUGUGACCACUCACGUACCUCCAGUGGACCCGUCCACCCCUGGAGAGUCCUACCUCGCUCCAAGUCUCGCUCUGGGUGCUGCUCAGCAGGAGUGGUUGGACCUGAGGAUCCACAGCAGCACUCGUCGUUGGAGGCUGCCAGGACUACAGUGUCUCUCCAAGUCUAAACCUUGAACGCAAAGACCCCAGGUUAAAGGAAAUAUACAGCAAAAACACAAGAACAUUUAUUCUUGUUGUUUAGACAGUGCACAUUUUUGUACAAAUAGUGCACAAAUAUUUGUUGGCCACUUGUCACCAAACAUAUUUUCAAUAAAAUGCAUUAUCUAUUCA